CGCACGGGCAUUUUUUUCCAGGCCCGGCGUCUUCCAUGCUUGAUGGUGGCAGAUUCCGCUUCGCGGUCCCGAGCUCAAAUGUGAUGGGCCCCUCCACCAUCUGUUGAGAAUGCAAGCAAGAGGAUACACAUUUUGCAUGUGAAAUCAGGCAAAACAUUUCCAUAUUAGUCAUGCUGCAAAGAAAAAAGAAGGAAUCAGUGACAUUCAAAGAUGUGGCUGUGGAAUUCUCUCUGGAGGAGUGGGCACAUUUGAAUCCAUCUCAGAAAAAGUUGUACACAGAUGUGAUGCUGGAGAACUAUAAGAACUUGGUCUCUUUGGGAUUUGCAGUUUCCAAGCCUGAUGUGAUUUACCAAAUGGAAAGAAAUGAAACAUCUUGGAUGCCAGAGAGAGCUAUCCCAAGAAGCAGCUGUCCAGAGAGCAAAGAAUUUACUAGAGAAAAACCUUAUCAAUGUAAGGAAUGUGGAAAGGCCUUCCACUUCAACUCAGAACAUAAUAGGCAUCAGAGAAUUCAUACUGGAGAGAAACCUUAUAAGUGUGAUGAAUGUGGGAAAGCCUUCCGCCUUACUGUACAACUUUCUCUACAUAAAAGAAUUCAUACUGGAGUGAAACUUUAUGAAUGUAAUGAAUGUGGGAAGAUCUUAAGUAGCAAUACAUCACUUAAGGCACAUAAGAAAAUUCAUACCGGAGAGAUGCCCUAUGAAUGUAAGGAGUGUGGGAAGGCCUUCAGACAGAGGAUACAGCUUACUCAGCAUCAGACAGUUCAUACUGGAGAGAAGCCUUAUAAGUGUGAUGAAUGUGGGAAGAUCUUAAGAAGUAAUGCUUCACUUAAGGCACAUAAGAAAAUUCAUACCGGAGAGAUGCCCUAUGAAUGUAAGGAGUGUGGGAAGGCCUUCUACUUCAACUCAGAACGUAAUCGGCACCAGAGAAUUCAUACUGGAGAGAAACCUUAUAAAUGUAAUGAAUGUGGGAAAACCUUCCGCCUUACCGUACAACUUACUCGACAUAAAAGAAUUCAUACUGGAGAGAAACCUUAUGAAUGUAGUGAAUGUGGGAAAGCCUUCCUUCGGAAUUCAGAUUUCAUGCGACAUCAGAGUAUUCACACUGGACAGAAACCUUAUGAAUGUAAUGAAUGUUGGAAGACCUUCUGUCAUGUUGCUGAACUUACUCAACAUAAGAGAAUUCAUACUGGAGAAAAACCUUAUGAAUGUAAAGAAUGUGGGAGGCUCUUCAGACUGAAGACACAGCUUACUCAGCAUCAGAGAAUUCAUACUGGAGAGAAGCCUUAUAAAUGUGAUGACUGUGGAAAGGCCUUCAGGCUGGGAAAACAAUUUAUUCAACAUCAAAGAAUACAUACUGGAGAGAAGCCUUAUGAAUGUUAUCAUUGUGGGGAGGCCUUCAGACUUAGGCCACAGCUUACUCAGCAUCAGAAAAUUCAUCAUGGAGAAAAGCCUUUUGUGUGUAAUGAAUGUGGGAAAGGCUUCUUUGGGAAUUCAGAUUUCAUGCGGCAUCAGAGUGUUCAUACUGGGGAGAAACCUUAUGAAUGUAAUGAAUGUGGGAAGGCCUUCAGACUGAAGACACAGCUUACUCAGCAUCAGAGAAUUCAUACUGGAGAGAAGCCUUAUAAAUGUGAUAAAUGUGGGAAGGCCUUCAGAGUGAAGAAACAGUUUAGUCAGCAUCAAAGAAUACAUACUGGAGAGAAGCCUUAUAAAUGUAACCAUUGUGAGGAGGCCUUCAGACUGAAGCCACAGCUUACACAGCAUCAGAGAAUUCAUCAUGGAGAAAAACCAUUUGUAUGUAAUAAAUGUGGGAAAGGCUUCUUUUGGAAUUCAGAUUUUACGCGACAUCAGAAUAUUCAUACUGGAGAGAAACCUUAUGAACGUAAUGAAUGUGGGAAGGCCUUCAGACUGAAGAAACAGCUUACUCAGCAUCAGAGAAUUCAUACAGGAGAGAAGCCUUAUAAAUGUAAUAAAUGUGGAAAGGCCUUCAGACUGAAGAAACAAUUUAGUCAACAUCAAAGGAUACAUGCUAGAGAGAAACCUUAUGAAUGUAAUUAUUGUGGUGAGGCCUUCAGACUGAAGCAACAGCCUACUGAGCAACAGAGAAUUCAUCAUGCAGAAAAACCGUUUGUGUGUAAUGAAUGUGGGAAAGACUUCUUUUGGAAUUCACAUUUUAUGCGACAUCAGAGUACUCAUACUGGAGAGAAACCUUAUGAAUGAAUGUGGGAAGGCCUUCACAUGGAAGAAACAGCUUGUUCAGCAUCAGAGAAUUCAUACCGGAGAGAAGUCUUAUGACUGUGAUGACUAUGGAAAGGCCUUCAGGCUUGGGAAAAAAUUUAUUCCACAUCAGAGAACACAUAUUAGAGAGAAGCCUUAUAUAUGUGGGAAGGCUUUUAGGCUGAGGAGACAGCUUACUCAGCACUAGAUAAUUCAUUCUAGAGAAAAAUUUGAAUAGAGUAUGUCUUAAAACACCUGCAUGAAUUCAAAAGUUACUCUGCAUCAGAGAGUAAAGUUUAUAUGAGAGAAAACUUAAUGUAAUAAAUGUGGGAAGGCCUUCAAGAAUAAGAUCCAACUACAGAUUCAGCCAUUCUAGAGAGCAAUUUAGAACUAUGCCCAA